AUGACAGUGGUAGAUAUAACUAAUGAAGCUGUACAAAGAGUAAUAACACCAUGGAAAACAUUUAUUUUAAAAGAAAAAACUUCUCUUCAAUCGCCCACUAAGCCACUUAUUUAUGUGCGUGAUUUAUCAGCGAAUAACGAAGCUUUUCUUUCUUUUCAGCUCGCACUUGAUAUAAUACUUCGAUUAGAUCGAAAUGAUUUUGCUCGUCAAGAAAUGCUUUCUAUGUGUCGCACAAAAUUUAGUCAUGAUCGAUUUACAUUAGCAAAAAUUGAUCGAUUUGAAAUGAACUAUCAAUCUGAACAAGAUGCAGCAAAAUGGUACACAUAUGAUAGUUUUCUUUAUCGUCUUCUUAAUGAAGUUCUUCGUACUGAAACAGUUGACCAUAUUUUUAAAUUGCGUUAUUAUAUUCAAGAUCUUCAUAAUCAAUUAGCUCUAAUGCAAAUUGAUUAUUUAAAACAAUUACAAAGGAAUAAUACACCAAUUUUAAAGUUGUAUCGCGGUCAAGUUAUGACGAGGAAUGAGUUUGAAAAUAAUUUUCGUGUUAACAAAGGAAAUCUCAUAUCAAUGAAUAACUUCUUAUCAACCACAACAGAUCGUUAUGUGGCUCGAUUGUUCGCUAGCGAUGGUAAUGUUGAAAAUCUGGAAACUCAGAUAUCUGUAUUAUAUGAAAUUGAAAUUGAUACUUCGUUGCCUCACUCAGUGCCAUUCGCUGAACUCGGUGAUCAGAGUAUUUUUGAACAAGAAAACGAAGUACUCUUUUCGAUGGGAGCUGUUUUUCGUAUUGGGGAAACAUGUGAAGAACAUCGUUAUUUAUGGACAGUGAAAUUAACUUUAACUACGGAAGAAGAUGAACAAUGGAAUGUUUUAACCGAACAUUUAUCAGAAGAACAAAAAAUGACUAAUCAAAUCAGUAGACAGACAUCAAUGUUAGAUGAAGAAAACGAAGAUAUUAAGAUCACUCCAAUUGCUACGAAUAGAAAAAAAAGAAGUCGAAGUUUUGAUGACCGUCAUUACUCGAAACGUGAGUUUCGUCGAUCACGUUGGCCAGAAACUUUUCGAAUAAGAAUGAAUCGACGAUUCGACGAACAUCCUGAUUUUCAAUUAAUUCAUAAAGAGAUUUAA